ACCGGAAGUAGUUUUUGUUUUGCUAGCUUAAUUUCUGACUUCAUGUUUUGUUAGCUAAUCAGGCUAGCAGAUGUCGACUGAUUGACUUAUUUUCAGAUGAAUAUAUGUGGAUAAAACUGUUCAAACGCCACUCCUAGUAAGAAGGGAGGAUGGCACAUGGACGUACUCCACAUGGGCCGUCCCAGAGGACAAAGCACCUGGAAACUGAUAAUGACCCUGACAGGACCUUGUGUGUUGGGGAUGAUGCAGGAGAAGAUGCUGACAGUUGCCAUAGAAGCACAGCAACAGCAGUGAAUAAAGUCAGCAAGCAAGAUGGCACAGAAGAAAACAGCGGGGAUGGACAAGAUUUUACAGUAUUUGUUGCCAUUCAAGGGAAUAUGGAGGAUGAGGACUUCACACAAAAACUUGACACUGUCCUUAGUGGGAUACCAAACAUGCUUGAUAUGGGCUCUGAGAGGCUGCAGCCACAGCAUGUGGAGCCUUGGAACAGUGUGCGGGUUACCUUCAACAUUCCUAGAGAUGCUGCUGAACGACUUCGAGUGUUGGCCCAGAACAACCAGCAGCAGCUCAGAGACCUGGGGAUCCUCUCUGUGCAGAUAGAAGGGGAAGGACCCAUCAAUGUGGCUGUGGGACCAAAUAGGGGACAAGAAGUCAGAGUAAAUGGACCAAUUGGAGCAGCUGGCCAGAUGAGAAUGGAUGUUGGAUUUCCAGGUCAACCUGGUCAAGGAGGGAUAAGGAUGGCUAAUCCCUCGAUCGUUCCUUCUGGGCCUGGCAUGACAAGUCAGGCUAUGGUACCAGGCAACAGUGGACAGAUGAAUCCUCGUGCUCCAAGACCAUCUUCACAGACAGGUUCAGAUGUGAUGGAUCCAAUGAUGCCAGGUAUGUCAGUUCAGCAGCAACAGGCUGGUCCACAUGGCUCAAGCUCCAUGGCAUCUCAGGCUCCUCAUCACAUGCAGGUUCUGCAGGGUGGGAGACCACUCAACCCUGCUGCAUUGCAGCAGCUGCCACAACAGCAAGCUCAGCUCUCCCAGCUUGGACCUAGGCCUCCAUUCAACCCAUCAGGCCAGAUGGCUAUGACUCCUGGAUGGAACCCGUUGCCCUCUGGGGUCCUCCAGCAGCAAGCCGCCCAAGUAGGCCCUGCAUGGAGAAAACCCCCACCCCAAGCCCAAAUGGUUCAACGCCCACCCUCACUUGCUACAGUUCAGACACCCAGCCACCCUCCGCCCCCUUACCCGUUUGGCAGCCAGCAGGCUGGUCAGGUGUUCAGUGCCAUGGGACAGCAACAGCAGCAAAUGGGUCAGUUUGCUGCCCCCCAGCCUAAAGGCCCUCAGGCAGGACCUGGUGGUGUUGCGGGACCGCCCAGACCCCCUCCACCUCUUCAACCAGCUUCUGGACCACAGGCCAACCUAACCGCCAAGUCCCCUGGUUCCUCCUCAUCUCCUUUUCAGCAGGGUUCACCGGGAACUCCUCCCAUGAUGGCUCAGAGACCAACAACUCCUCAGGGCUUUCCUCAGGGUGUUGGUUCACCAGGAAGAGCUUCCCUCAGCCAACAGAGUAACAUGCAACAAGGAUUCAUGGGAAUACCCCAGCAUGGACAGCCUGGGGCCCAGGUUCACCCAGGCAUGCCAAAGCGCCCCAUGGGCUUUCCAACUCCUAACUUUAUCCAAGGUCAGUUGAGUGCUAGCACUCCAGGAACCCCUGGUGGAGGAGUCCCUCAACAGUUACAGAGCAGCCAAGCGAUAACUCACACAGGAGCUCAGCCAUCAGUCUCCACACCAAACUCGAUGCAGGGUCCACACCAUGGCCAACCCAAUGUUAUUGGUGCACAAAGUAGUAUGGCAGGUCCACCUCCUGGUACAACCGCUGGGCCUAGUAUGGGCCAACAACAGCCUGGCCUCCAGACCCAGAUGAUGGGCCUCCAGCAUCAGGCUCAGCCCGUGUCCUCCUCCCCCAGCCAGAUGGUUCAAGGCCAGGGUGGAGGUCAGACUAUCCUCUCAAGGCCUCUCAGUCAAGGGCAGAGAGGAGGGAUGACCCCACCCAAGCAGAUGAUGCCUCAGCAAGGCCAGGGGGUGAUGCAUGGGCAGGGUCAGAUGGUUGGAGGCCAAGGACACCAGGCUAUGCUCCUACAGCAGCAGCAGCAGCAGCAGCAACAGCAACAAAACUCCAUGAUGGAACAAAUGGUUGCCAACCAGAUGCAAGGCAACAAGCAGGCGUUUGGAGGCAAGAUGCCAACUGCAGUCAUGCCUGGCCAGAUGAUGCGUGGCCCUUCUCCAAAUGUUCCAGGUAACAUGACUCAGUUCCAGAGUCAGGUUGGCCCACAGCAGAUGACUCCACAACAGCAACAGCAAAUGGCUCAGCUCCAACAACAGCAGUUGCAACAUCAGCAACAACACCAGUUGCAGCAGCAGCAGCAGCAGCAACAUCAGCAGCUGAACCAGCCACAACAUCAGCAGAUGAACCAGCCACAACCCCAGCAGGUUGCUAUUGCUGGCAAUCCUAAUCAAGUUAUGGGCAUGCAUGGGCAACAGAUGAGGCUACCUGCUGGUCACCCUCUUAUCCAACAACAGUUGCAACAGAAACAGCAGCAGCAAGUCAUGUUGCAGCAGCAACAACAGGCAGCUCAACAACACCCACAUUCUCUGGGAGAUCCCAGUAGUGGGACAGGAGACUUGGGGGUCCAACAGAUGGUCCCUGAUAUGCAGGCACAGCAGCAAGGCAUGAUGGGGGGCCCCCAGCACAUGCAGAUGGGAAAUGGCCACUUUACUGGCCAUGGCAUGAACUUUAACUCACAGUUUCCAGGUCAGAUACCAAUGGGGGGACCAUGUGGACAGCCAGGUGGCUAUCCUGUCAGCAAGGAUGUUACACUGACUAGCCCACUGCUGGUCAACUUGCUACAGAGUGAUAUCUCAGCCAGUCAGUUUGGGCCAGGAGGAAAACAAGGAGCAGGGGCUGGCAAUCAGGCCAAACCCAAAAAGAAGAAACCAGCACGCAAGAAGAAGCCAAAAGAUGGAGAGGGACAACAGCAAGUAGAGGGAUUAGGUAGCCUUGAUGUGACUGCCGCUAGCAUGGAGGAAUCUGAAUUGCCCAGUCUGGGAAGCGAACAGAGUUUGGGUUUAGACAACUCUGGUCCCAAAAUCCCUGAUUUUGCCAACAGGCCUGCAGGCUUUCCUGCUCAGCCUGGAGACCAGAGAGUAUUACAGCAGGUACCCAUACAAUUUAUGCAACAGCAGCAGCAGCAACAGCAACAACAGCAACAAAAGCAACAACAGCAACAGCAGCAGAUACAGCAAAUGCAACAGCAGCAACAACAAAUACAGCAACAGCAGCAGAUGCAACAGAUGCAGAUGCAGGGUCUCCAGAAUGCCCAGGGGCAGCAGGGAAUGACAGGGCCGCAAACAUCAAGCCAAGGCCAGCCCCAGAUGCAUCCUCAGCAGAUACAGCAGCAGCAGCAACAACAACAACAACAGCAGCAGCAGCAAACUCAACAGUCACACCUGCAACAGCAGCAACAGCAGCAGAUGAUGAUGGUGUUGAAGCUGCAGCAGGAGCAUGCAAAGAAUCGCAUGUCCAUCCCACCAGGAGGACAGCUCCCUCCUCGGGGCAUGGGGAAUCCACCUGAGGUGCAGAGGCUUCCUGUCUCACAACAAGGCAACAUGCCUGUAAUGAUCAGCCUACAAGGACAUGGAGCAGUACCACCAUCACCUGACAAAGCCAGAGGGAUGCCCCUGAUGGUGAACCCACAGCUUGCUGGCACUGCACGAAGAAUGUCCCAUCCUGAUGUGGUGCAGGCUUCCCAAGGCACUGGAUCUGAAGAGGCCUCUGCAGGGCCUCACAUGAAGCAGGACAGGUCUAGUGGCUCAGAAAUGGGGGUGCAACCUGCAAAUGGAUCUCAGCAGAUGAUGGCCAAUCAGGGCUCCAACACUCACAUAAUGAAGCAAGGACCUGGUCCAUCACCAGUACCCCAACACACUGGAGCCAGUCCCCAGCAGCAGUUACCCACUCAGCCUCAACAAGGAGGCCCCAUGCCUGGCCUUCAUUUCCCUAAUGUCCCCACAACCACACAGAGCUCCAGGCCUAAGACCCCCAACAGAGCCAGCCCCAGGCCAUACCAUCAUCCCCUCACCCCAACUAAUCGUCCACCCAGUACUGAACCAUCUGAAAUCAACCUUUCACCUGAGAGGCUAAAUGCCUCUAUUGCAGGGCUGUUUCCUCCCAAAAUCAACAUCCCUCUACCUCCUAGGCAGCCCAACUUAAACAGAGGAUUUGACCAGCAAGGUCUUAACCCAACAACUCUGAAAGCCAUUGGGCAGGCCCCUCCUAGCUUAACUCUCCCAGGUGGCAACAACAAUGGCAAUACGGGUGUAAAUAACACUAACAAUAAUCAGCAGCCUUUCUCUACUGGCACUGGAGCAGGUAGUGCUGGUUCUAAACAGGACAAGCAGCCUGGAGGGCAAGGUAAGAGAGCAAGUCCUAGCAGUAGUCGGAAGUCAAGUCCAGCCUCUAGCCGCAAGUCAGCCACCCCAAGUCCAGGAAGACAAAAGGGGACAAAAAUGGCCAUCACCUGCCCUCCCCAUCAGCAGCAGCUGGUCAACCCACAAGGGCAGGCCUUGAUGCUAAGCCCUACCUCAGUACCCCCAAGUCCAGUAACUACACCUUCACAACUAAGUGGGGGCAUGGAGGCACAUCAGACUCAGAGCCCUUUCCAUGGGAUUCAAGGCAACACUGCUGAGGGAGUCAGAGAAAGUCAGGGAAUGAUGACAGCAGAGCAGCGACAUGUGCCUCAGACUCAGCCCCAGCCACUGCCUUUGAGGGAGUUAUCAGCUCCCAGAAUGGCAAGUCCUCGUUUCCCUGCACCUCAGCAGCCUAAACCUGACCUGGAAUUGCAGGCUGGCACCAUUGAUAGACAACCAACACAAGCAACACCUAUGCCGGAUUCCGACGCCUCACCUGCUCUCCGGGCAGCUCCAACCUCCCUCAACCAGUUACUGGAUAACACUGGUAGCCCAAACAUGCCUCUUCGGCCCAUACAGAGUAAUACGGUUAGGGAUGUUAUGGGAAAGGACAGCCCCAAGUCUGCUUUGGAUCCAGAUAAACCACUCCACAGUAAUUCCCAGAUUACAGACAUAUCAGCUUCUGUCACUAUUAAUGAAUCAGAAGCUAAACCCAAAUCUGCUAUCCCAGUCCCUACCAGUAGUCCUAACUUGCAGCCUGCUUCAGUUCCCAGCUCACACGCUAGCUCUAACGUGAACUCCAAUAGUACCCCCAGCCUUACUCAAAUCCCCAUCUGUAGUCAUGGUGUCAAUCCAAAUCUGAAUGUAAACCCAGUGCCUACUCUUUGCAACACCCUCAGUACUAACACUAAUACUGCCCUCAGUUUAAGCCCCAACAAAGUCACUUCUGGUCAGAGCAGUUCUGCCUCCACUGUAAGUACCAGUUCAAACUGCAGCUCUGCUUUAAACCCAGCCAGUUCAGCCCUAAAAUCAGUCCCUGGCCCUAAACCUGUGACAAGUGUUCACUCAGUCAUACAGAUGCCCACCUCCUCUAGCACCAUUUCUUCCAAUCAGAUCACUGUAUUUGUCACCUCUAACGCCAUCACCUCUGCCCCCACUCCCCAGGUAUCCACAUCUAUGGUGGCUGUCCUUAACAAGAACAUUAGACCUCAAGAUAUCCGGCAGCAGACCCCUGUCCCCCGACCUACUCAGUUCAUCACCACCCCCGUAUUCAUCAACCCAAUUUUCCAGGUCCCUAGUGCACCUGUGGCUCCCAGUACCACAGUGGUACCGCAGUCGGUCACCAUGGUGGGGCCUAUCCAAGUGCCCACUGCAAACAUCCAACUUUCUCCUGCCCUGAGUUCCACUCAGUCAUCAGGAGUUAACAUGACCAGCACUCAGCCUGCCAGAGGUGUUGUUGGCCAGGUCCAGAUUUCCACUAGUAUGUCCUCGUCAGCCCCAGUUAGUACUCAGCAGAUGAAUCCAGGAGUUCUCAAAACUGAAAAUCAAGGUGAUGCAGGUUCUGCCCAGAAAUCUAGUCCACUGGUCCAACAUCCAUCUCCUCAUGCAAGUCCUUCAGCAUCUUCUCCCUUUCAGUCACCUCUGGUUUCUCCUCCUCCCUGCUCUAGUCCUGGGGCUGUCCACACCAUUCGAAAGAGCCCUGUAUCUCCAUCUCCCACAGCACAGGUAAAAAGUAAACCUGCACAGGCUGCUGCAGCCGUUUCUGGUACAGCUGACUCCCACCAGAGUCCUGUAGAAAGGCAUGUACAGACACCUGCUCCGGCUGUGCCACUGCAGGUCUUUCAUUCUCCUGCUACUGGUGCCGUUCAGACUGAGGCUUUAGCUCCCCAUGCUCCUGCUCCAAGCAACAUCACUCUCUCGACAGUCUCCUCUCCAGUCCCAAUUCCUGGCCAAGUUGCUGUUCCUACACAGAUGGUUACCCAGGCUUUAGUUCCUGCAUCAGCCUCAGUCUCAAGCCCAGCUCAGGCCCUAACCUCUCAAGCUCCUACUGCCACUGGAGUUGGUACUACCACUAGUAUCGCUCCUGCUACCCUGCUCUCUACGGUUGCUCCUGUACAAAGUCCUGUACCGUCCAUUGUUCCAAUUGUUGCUGCACCUGGACCUCUUCAGGAGGUUCCCCCCAGCUUAUCCUCUUCAGUUACUAACCCCAGUGGAGUUCCACCAGCUCAAUCGGACCCCCCAGCUAUAGAGUCUCCAGUGCAGUCUACAACACCUGCUGAAACCACUCAGACCACUGCAGCACCUAUUCAACAAGACAUCCCCCAGCCACAGGAACCUGUUGGCAGCGAGAAGACAGGUGAAGAGGCCUCGACAGGUUCUGAGCAGGGAUGGGCAAAGAAAAGAAAGACGCCCAUCAACUUAGUCCCAAGAGCUGCUGUGGAGAAACCCAAGGGACCGAGCAGACGCAGCUCCCGGGCAGAGAAGGAGGUGGAGGAGGAGCCAGUAACAGAGAGUGGCAUUAGGAAGAGAUCAGCCAGGCCUGGAACCAGUGCUGCUGUAAAAGAAACUGGAGCGAGCCCCACCCAGGCCAAGCGAAGGAAGUCCAAAUAGGCCCAACUGUAGUUGUGGCAACAUGUGAACAGUACUGUAUAUGUUUUUGUUUUCUGCUGUGAAUCAUUUGAUAUUGGUUUCUCUGUCCCAGAUUAUGAAUAUUCGUAGGAGGAAACCAUGUACAGAUAGAUUAAAAAUCAUGUGCUAUUGUUUUGCUUUUAUGUGAGAUUGUAGUUAGAAUGUGUGCAUACAGUAUGUGUUUGUGUGAAUGUGCUUUUUAUAUUAAAUGCUGGAUUAAUCACAUGAUAUUGAAAAUUAAGCUUGCCGUGAUUGUAUAAUUAUGUUGUAAAGGUGAAUUAAAUUUUCUACUGCUUUUGUUCUGUGAAACUAUAAGAUGGUUCAAGUAUUUUUCUGAAGCUACUAAGAUUUGGGUACUUAACCUGUACACAUUAAACAGCUAGAUUGAUUGAUAUGCACCAGUAGGGUGUGAUUUAAUAGUCAGGACUGUAUAUUCAGAGGAAAAGAAACUGAAGCACAGAUUAUGGUGUUCUGGAUCAGAAAUGCAGGACUACUCGUGGCCCACUCAGGAGGAAGUCCCUCAGGUAACCUGAAUUUAAAUGUUUUGGCUACCAAAAGAGAUAAACAAGGCAGAGUGAGAGGGAGCACCUGUUUUGCAACAAUGUAGCAUUGGUGUAGAGAGAGCUUGUAAACAUUGUAAUUGUUUCUUUGUUAAUAAAGCAUGUCCAUUCCUCCGUUUGCCUGUUACCAGGGAUGUGGGUCAAGAG